AUGGGAAAGAAGAACAAGAAGCAGACUCAGUUGGACGAGCUGUUGGAGAAGCCGUGGUGCUGGUACUGCGAGCGAACUUUCGAUGACUUGAAAAUCCUCUUGAACCACCAGAGAUCAAAGCAUUACCAAUGUGAGCAUUGUAACCGCAAGCUGAACACUGCCGGCGGCUUGAACGUCCACGUUCAACAGGUACACAAGGAGACCCUCAUAGCAAUUGCGAACACGAUCCCCGGCCGCGAAGGCAUUGACAUCGAAAUCUUCGGUAUGGAAGGAGUCCCUGAAAACGACCUCAUCCAGCGUAAUGCUAGAAUCAUGCAAGAGUACCACGCGACGCAAGGCUCUGCUACACCGCAGCAACAUGGAGGUCCUCCAGUGGCGAAGAAGCAGAAGAUUGACAAGGUGGAUACUGCGGAUCUGAAAGCAAAGAUGGAAGCAUUCAGAGCGGCAAAGGCAGCCAAAGCAGCUGGUGUCUCGCCUUCUGCGGCGACACCGACGCCGCAUCCUGCAACGCCGUCUACCACUGGUACGCCCACCCCAGCUCCUGGUUACACUACUCCAUUGCAGCCUCCUUCUGUACAUGCCUACGUUGGCGCUCCCUACCCGCAAGUCGCUGCGCCUCCAGCAGCUUCACCGUAUGACUACCCGCCUCAGUACGCGCAAUACUACCAACACCCCAUGGCAACCCAACAACCCGCCUAUCCCGCUUAUCCCGCAGCAGCCCCAGGCCUCCCCGCACGCCCACCCGCAUCCAUCCCCAGUCUCCCUUCCCGUCCACCCGCGGCUGGCUUACCCUCAAAACCAUCGGUGAGUGCUGGAAUUGGUUCCCCGGCCGCUUAUGCUUCGCCAUAUGGCACUAGUCCGUACCAUGCACCCUCAUCGACAGUGCUUUCGGCUGUUGCUGACGCUGGUGCUCGUACUGCUAUCACUAACGCGAAGACCGAACAAUCGAAGGCUACAGACUCUACCAACCCUGCAGACGCUUCAAAAAUUAUUGCCAAGGACGUUGUGGACGCCGAAAAGCCUUCGGUUGAGAAGCAAUCAUCCCAGGAAAGCGCCGAGCGACGGGACAGCGUCUUAGUUUACGACGACAACGAGGUGAGCCCUGAAGAGAAACGUUCAAAGUUACCCAAGUACGCGUAUAAUGCUGAAAAGGAACAGGAGAAAGCGGAGGGGUUGGAUAGGGAUGUUGAGGGGAGGAUUGAUAAUUUGAAGGAGGAGGGGAAGGAGGCACUUUGA